AUGCGUCGGCGAUCGCUUCCCGGCGGUUCAGCUAUGGGGAAUCCUGGUAAGCAUGAGAAGGAUGUCAGCAUGAAGGCGAUGGUUAAAUUUGAUGGUGCUCACAUCUCGCCCAGAAAAAGGCUCAAGAAUCAGUCCAAGGUGGCGCCGGAGGAGUUGCAGCCGAUCUGGGAGGAGUUCCAGCCGAUCUAUCUGAAUGGGAAGGUUCAGUUUGCAGACUGCCUCCACUGCCACAACCGCCUCGGCUACAAUGGGAAUAUCUUUCUGCGCCGGCAUCUGAAAACCUGCCCAGCCAAACCGGAAUCGACGUCGGCCGAAGUGACGGAGUGGAUGUCGCCACAGGAUUCCUGCCUCCCAAUUGUGACGAUCGACGACAUAAGCUCAGUAAGUCCCCUAAAAUGGAGGUCAAAAAUAUGGGAGGGUUUCACACCCAUCUUCGUUGAGGGGAAACUGCAGGGUGCAGAAUGCAUCCAUUGCCACAAGCGCCUCAGCAAACACGGAGGCCAUCUGAAUCGACAUGCUCUAGCCUGUUCAAAACGACAUGGGCAUGACCAAAGUCAUCAUAAGGGUAACCGUUCUAGUCUACCUAAAUUAAAGUCCAGGGUGCGAGACGAGUCUUCGCCUGCCAGGAAAGCUCAAAUCACAAAAUGCUCUAGCAAGCUCCGCAGGGCUAGCAGCUCCAGUGUCAUCACCUAUCAGCCCAUUCAAGUGGUGGCAGAUCAUCUAUCCCUACAAGCACCAGGUGGUACAAAAUGCUCUAGCAAGCUCCGCAGGGCUAGCAGCUCCAGUGGCAUCACCUAUCGGCCCAUUCAAGUGGUGGCAGAUCAUCUAUCCCUACCAGCACCAGAUGGUACAGGGCUGAAGAAACAGAAGACCUCGUCUAUGACUAAUGCAACUGCGAUAAGCACCAGAAAGUUUGGUCAAGAUUCACCUUAUCAAGAUAUCGCCAGAUUGAUAACUUUGCAUGGUUAUCCUUUGUCAAUUGUAGAGAAUGAAGAUAUGAGAAGAAUUUUGAAGAACAUCAGUCCCAUGACUAACAAAGUCUCUCUUAGUGAUAUGGAAGAACAUUUACUUGCUCUGUUUCAGAAGAAGAAGAUAAACGUCAAGGAUGAAAUUGCACUUACCUCCCAGCGUAUCUCACUGUCAGCAAGCAUCUGGACUCAUGAUGGACCUGAGCCGACAGUAAAUUACCUCUGUUUGACAGCACAUUUUAUUACUGAAGACUGGAAAAUUCACAGAUUAGUAAUCAAAUUCGGCAUGUAUUCACCUACUAAUUUGGAAAGGAUAAUACACUGCAAGGAGGCUUGUGUUCCAGAGUCGGAAAGUGGAUCAUACAAUGUCAUAUGGGAUGCAAUCAGAGACUGGAAUCUUGAGCAGAAGAUUUUGAGCUUGACUUCAGUUGGUGAAAUUAAGAAUGAUGCAAAUACCUUGAAGCUCAAGGAGAUGCUCAUAAAGAAGAGGUGCCUUCCCAUCAGAGGCAAGCUGUACAACAUUGCUUGUGUGGAUGAUAUGCUAAACAGUGUUGUUUCUGAUGGACGAUCAUAUAUACUUUUCCUUGUUGGUGACAUAGUAAAGGACUUUUUUGGGGCAUGUGCAUCUUCAUCAUCGAUGCAACAGCAGCUUCUGGAAGUUAUUUCACAGAUGAGUUUGAAAUGUCCGCAAGAAGAUGCCAAGUGGUGGCACAAGUUAUAUUUUAGGCUUGAAGUUGUGCUGCAAUUCAACAAGUUGUUUCCUGCUGCAGAAGUGCUGUCUCCAGAAGAUAUGACAGCUACUUGGCCUAUUUGCAAGAUUUUGAGGACAUUUUAUCGUGUUAUCGAAGUAAUUUCUAGCCCUAGCUCUCCGACAGCAAAUGUAUACUUCAGUGAGGUAUGGAAAGUGAGGACAGUUCUGCAAGAAGAAGCAUCAAACGAUCACGCAGAGAUUGUGACUCUGGUCAUGGAGAUGCAGGAAGCGUUCGAUGAGUAUUGGCAAAACUCAUACGUGUGGCUGUCAAUACCUGUCGUGUUAGAUCCAAGAUUCAAGAUGAGCUUCAUUCAAUUUCGCCUGCAACGGGCUUACAGCACAGACUCGCUGGGCUACUUAUCUGAAAUACAUGAUACGGUCCAGGAACUCUUCGAUGAAUACUACAAUGCUACAGAGCAGCUGAGUGGCGUCCGUCUUUUAAGGAGUGCAGCUCUGGAUACAGCUGAUAAUGAUCCUUUGGAAGAUUGGGAUGAGCACCUCAAUUGCCAGAUGUCUUCAGAACUUGAUGACUACCUUGGGGAGGUUCUAGUCCCAAGAAAAGACGAUUUUGACAUUCUUAAAUGGUGGAUGGAACACACCACAAAGUACCCCACACUUGCUGCUAUUGCCCGGGACGUCUUAGCGAUGCCGGCAUUUGCUGUUCAAUCUGAAGCAGCAUUCAGUAGCAGCAGGCCAGUAAUUCCAAAGCACCAGAGCACACUGAGCAUCGAGACGAUUGAAGCACUUGUGUGUAGUCGAGAUUGGAUGAGAUAA